AUGAAGAAUUUGCUCCUAAAUUUCCUGGGAGAUGAAUCCCCAAGUCACCUCACCGGAACUCCUCCCAACCACCACCACCACCUCCACCAUGCUCCCGCCAGCGAACAACCACUUGCCAAGAUUGCAAUUCACAAAGCUGUUAAUGCUCUCCAAGAAUCAGCUUGUAUUACUGCUAACCCUUUACUUAUGGGGUGUCAGGGUGAGGAUACUGAAUGGGUCAACGUGGAGGUCAAGACCUCAGAACCAAGUGAGGGUGAUUGGGUUGGAGUUUUCUCACCAGCAAAUUUCAAUUCAUCAGAUUGUUACGCUGAAUCAUCCAAUGAAUUGCAAGAUAAUGGUCCAUACAUAUGCACAGCCCCAAUCAAAUACAUGUUCGCGAACCAUUCGAAUCAUGAUUACACUACAACAGGGAAAGCGUCGCUAACAUUCCAAAUCAUCAAUCAACGUGCAGAUUUCUCCUUCGCACUUUUUUCUGGAGGAUUAGAGAACCCAAAGUUGAUAAGCGCUUCAUCCCCUAUAUCGUUUGCAAACCCUAAGGCUCCACUUUAUCCACGUCUUGCUCAAGGGAAAACUUGGGAUGAGAUGUCAGUGACAUGGACAAGUGGCUACAACAUCGAUGAAGCCACUCCAUUUGUUGAAUGGGGUUGGGAGGAUCAAAGUCAAACCAAAAAGCUUUCUCCAGCUGGAACUUUGACCUUUUCUCGUAGUAGCAUGUGUGGGGAACCUGCAAGAACAGUUGGAUGGCGUGAUCCUGGUUUUAUCCACACUAGUUUCUUAAAGGACUUGUGGCCUAACACCAUGUAUACUUACAGAAUGGGUCAUAAGUUGACAAACGGGUCGUUUGUUUGGAGUAAAUUGUAUUCUUUUAAUUCAUCACCGUAUCCAGGACAAGACUCAUUGCAACGUGUUAUUAUAUUUGGAGACAUGGGAAAGGCAGAACGUGAUGGGUCAAAUGAAUAUGACAAUUAUCAACCAGGAUCACUGAUAACUGCAAACCAACUAACAAAUGAAGUAGAUGACUAUGAUAUAGUAUUCCAUAUUGGUAAUCUAGCAUUUGCAAAAGGAUACAUCUCACAAUGGGACCAAUUCACAGCACAAAUUGAACCUAUUGCUUCAAAAAAACCUUACAUGGUUGCAAGUGGAAACAACGAACGGGAUUUUCCGAAUUCCGGAUCCUUCUAUUUAAGUUCUGAUUCAGGCGGGGAGUGUGGGGUGCCUGCUGAGACCAUGUUCUAUGUUCCCGCAGAUAACAGAGCUAAAUUCUGGUAUGCAACGGAUUAUGGGAUGUUUCAUUUUUGUAUAGCGGAUUCAGAGCAUGAUUGGAGGGAGGGUUCGGAACAGUAUGCAUGGCUAGAGAAAUGUUUUGCAUCAGUCGACAGACAAAAACAACCAUGGCUUAUCUUUGCUGCUAACCGUGUUCUUGGCUAUUCUUCUAGUAGCCAGUAUGCUAUCGAGGGUUCUUUAGGAGAGCCAAUGGGAAGGGAACAUUUGCAAAAGCUAUGGCAGAAAUACAAAGUGGACAUUGCAUUUUAUGGACAUAUCCAUAGUUAUGAAAGAACUUGUCCUGUAUACCAGGAUCAAUGUGUGAACACGGAAAAGUAUAAUUAUUCGGGAACUGUGGAUGGGACAAUUCAUGUUGUUGUGGGUGGAGGAGGGAGUGAGUUGUCGACUUUUGCUUAUGUUGAUACGGAAUGGAGUUUGUAUAAAGAUCAUGAUUGGGGAUUUGUGAAACUUACUGCUUUUAAUCAUUCGUCGCUUUUAUUUGAGUACAAGAAGAGUAGUGAUGGAUUGGUUUAUGAUAGUUUUACAAUAGCAAGGGACUACAAAGAUGUUUUGGCAUGUGUACAUGAUGGUUGUGGAACUUCCACUUUGGCUCCAUGAGAGUUACUUGUAUGAGGCUUUGAAGUUUAAGUAAUGUGUUACAUUCUAAGAGGGCUUUUAAUUUUUAUGGCAAGUGAGCAAAUCUUAACUAGCUUUAAUGAAAAAAGUUUUUCAAUAAU